AUGGGGCGGUUUGGUUUACUUGCUGUUUUGGGUUUGUGUUUAGUAGGGGAUAUUCAUGGAGCAGGAUACAUUGGGAAGCGUCCAUCAUCGCAGGGACAGUGUCACUACCAAAAUAUCAAUGCUGCUCACUUCAGUUACGAAAUAAACCACUGUGAAGGUCCAUCUAAUUGGUGUGAGGUACACGAGUGUUGGUCGGCUUGUGGGUCAGAACAGAGACAAUCUCCAAUUAACAUUGACACCCAUCAAGCUCAGAGAGAAGAUCUUGCAAACAUUCAGUUGUGGAACAAACAUAAAAGAAUUCCUGCAGAUAUAUCUAAUAAUGGGCACUCACCCCACUUUGAUGUUCACGUUGACAAAAUCAGUUGGUUCAAAAAUAUUAUCUUGACCAAUGUCCCCUUCAAAGAAGACAAGCAGUUUAUCUUCGCAGAGCUUCAUAUCCAUGUAGGGAUCGAGAGCGAGACAGACCGCAGUACCAAAAAUCAUGAAUACUCAAAAUCAAAAGUGAACGACCAUGAAGGAUCGGAACACAGCAUCGAUAACAAAUUCUUUCCCAUGGAGGGUCACAUGGUUUUCUAUGAUAGGACAUAUAGUAACUUUUCUAUGGCGAAACCAGUCCCCGACAGUCUUGUGGUAAUAGGUGUGAUGAUAAAAGUGAAAGAUGAUGAUGAUGAUGAUUAUGAAGAUGAUGAGAACAAUAAAGAAGAAGAGGAAACAGAAGAAGAAUAUGUUGAUGAAGAGGAGGAGAGUCAUCAGGCAUUCGAAUUGCUAUAUAAAGAAAUUAAAGAGAUUCUUUUUGAGUCGUAG